ACCGUCCAUCUACGGUUGUCCGCGACAAAAGUAACUCGCAUCUGGCAGAAGAGCCACUUAAACUGUAAAUUACCACCGGUUCUUCACACAUUUGGAACGAAGGAAAUAAGAAGCGAGGACUUUAUUUGUGAAGAGGGUACUGGACAUAACUAAGAAUCAAUCAUGGGACAAACCCUUCAGAGGGCAGCAAAAUGGACAUCCGCCAAAGACGGGUCAGGUGGGAAGCUGGAAUUCACCCCAAUAAACCAAGACAUUCUUAACGCAAUUCUCCAGUUCCUGGAGGGGUUCAGUGGGAAGCACCCAGAGGAAGCCAAGCUCAUCUUCAAGAAGCCACUGACAUGGCAUAGCAAUCUUAAACCUUCACAGUUUUCUGGCAGUGGAUAUAAUGAGAGGGGAUCAGAUGUAUUCUCCGAGAGUACAAAUGAGAAAACAAGUGAGCCGUUGAUGUCACUGAAGAAAUCUGGUGGUGACUAUGAGAUGAGUGUGAGCACCAUGGAGAUUGCAGAGAACAUCCUACGCUCCAGUGGGGAUGGGAAAAUGAAAGAGCUCAGAGCCUGUCUGGAGUCUAAUAAUGAUCCGGUGGCCAACAUUUGCGGAGAGAGGUUUGCCACAGUGGCAGGAGAGGAUAACGCAUUGUUUCGAUUCUUUGAGGAAAUAACAAAGGAGAUUGAGAAUCUGGCUCGGCAAAGUAAAGAGGAAGGAGAUGGCGAUUCUGCACUGGAGAUCGCAGAGAAGAAGCGAGUCCUGAACAUGCGGCUUCUUCUCUUACGUUUGGACGAGCAGCUUCUCAACCAAUCGAUUGCCAGGAUCUCUAGUGAAGUGCGUCUAAGCCCUCAAGUUGUGGACCAGGAAGUCUCUAAUCUGAAGAAAAUGUCAGGCUAUGAUGAAGACAAAUAUGUUCUGGAAGAAAUCAAUUAUUUUGAUACUGGGUACAUCUACCAGAACUCAUGCCGCGCCCCUCCAUGGAGACAGGUCCACGGUGACAUCAGCUACAUCAGUGUCAAGCCACAUGACAUGAACACCCUGUAUGUCACAGCCAACACCAGUGGCUACCAUCUCAUCAAGGGUCCUGCCAAAGACAAGAAGGAGCUGGAUUACGAGAAAGUCAGUGAAUACUACAAGAGCCUAGUCACCCUGCUCAAGGACCAGAGCUCCAACUUUGCUGAGAGGAUUGACAAACAGGAUUUUGUGGUUCAAGAAGAUAAGAAGGAGCAUUUUGCUGUCUUGAUGGGAGAUCUCCAUGACGACGAGGAAGGUGAUGGAGCCAAUCAGUCUGAGCUGACGAGCAGGAAGCAGGGCGACAGUCAAACUGACCGCGACAAGACCCAGAAACACAAGGCACAGAAGCAGAAAAAGAUGGAGCCGUCUCUGAAGUGGAAAAACUUGGGGAUGGAAGAAUCCAAACAGACAGAAGAGAAAAAUGAAAGAAAGACAGUGGUGGUAGUGAAAAAGAGAACAUCUCAAAGGUCCAAGAGUAAGACGCCCAAUGACAUGGAUGACUCAUUCAGCGAGAGUUCCGAGGAGAGCGAGGAAGAGGAAGAGGCUGUAGAGAGGCGCAGCGAGACCAAUGCUGACCUGCCCUCAGAGUAUUGGCAGAUCCAGAAACUCGUCAAGUAUCUCAAGGGAGGUAACCAGACAGCCACGAUCAUUGCCCUGUGCUGUAUGCGUGACUUUAACCUGGCCCAGGAGACCUGUCAGCUUGCCAUCCGUGAUGUGGGUGGACUUGAGGUCCUCAUCAACCUGCUAGACACUGAGGAGAUCAAGUGCAAGAUUGGAGCUCUUAAAAUCCUGAAAGAAAUCUCCAGGAAUACUCAAAUCCGCCGAGCUAUUGCUGACCUGGGUGGUCUUCAGACGAUGGUGAAAAUCCUGAGAGAUCCCAACAAGGAGCUGAAAUGUUUGGCUGCUGAAACAAUCGCAAAUGUUGCCAAGUUUAGACGAGCAAGACGCACGGUCCGACAGCAUGGAGGAAUAAAGAAACUGGUUGGUUUGUUGGACUGUGCAUCGUUGACAAACCUGACAACGCAGGACUUGGAGAAGGAUGUGGAGGUUGCGCGCUGUGGUGCGCUUGCGCUCUGGAGUUGCAGCAAGAGUAAGAAGAACAAGGAGUCCAUGCAGAAAGCAGGCGCUAUCCCACUCCUAGCUAAACUGCUCAAGUCCACCCAUGAGAACAUGCUGAUCCCGGUGGUGGGGACUCUGCAGGAGUGUGCUACAGAGCCCAGCUACAGACUGGCUAUUCGCACAGAGGGAAUGGUGGAAGAUCUGGUGAAGAACUUAAAGACAAACACACCUGAACUACAGAUGCACUGUGCCUCAGCAAUAUUCAAGUGUGCUGAGGAUCAGGAAACCCGUGACCUGGUACGACAGUACGGUGGCCUUGACCCCCUUGUCACCCUCCUAGGUGACAAUGAGAACAAAGAGCUGUUGGCUGCAGCCACAGGUGCCAUCUGGAAGUGUUCGAUCAGCCCCGAAAACGUGACAAGAUUCCAGGAGCUGAAAGCCAUCGAUACUCUCGUAUCUCUGCUUAAUGAUCAGCCAGAGGAGGUUCUGGUCAACAUGGUAGGAGCUCUAGGAGAGAUGGCUAAGGACCCACCUAACAGGUCUGCUAUACGUAAGGCUGGCGGAAUUGCUCCCCUUGUCAAUCUCCUCACAGGGACAAACCAGGCGCUGCUCGUCAAUGUGACUAAGGCUGUCGGGGAGUGUGCUGAAGAAGGAGAAAAUAUGGUCAUUAUCGAUCGAUUGGAUGGUGUCCGGUUACUAUGGUCACUCCUGAAGAACCAGAACCCAGCCGUACAAGCCAGUGCCGCCUGGGCCAUCUGCCCAUGUAUUGAAAAUGCCAAGGACGCUGGUGAGAUGGUGCGAUCAUUUGUGGGGGGUCUUGAAUUGAUCGUCAGCCUGCUAAGAUCAGAGCACAAGGAAGUGUUGGCCAGUGUCUGUGCAGCAAUCGCAAACAUCGCCAAAGAUGAAGAGAACCUCGCCGUCAUCACUGAUCACGGGGUAGUACCCAUGCUCGCCAAACUGACAAAUACAACUGAUGACAAAUUGAGGCGGCAUUUGGCAGAGGCGAUUGCACGAUGCUGUAACUGGGGGAACAAUCGUGUCUCUUUCGGUCACCAUGGCGCCGUGGCUCCUUUGGUCAAAUAUCUGAGGUCAAAGGAUAAGCAGGUUCAUAGGUCAACGGCCCGUGCUCUGUUCCAGCUGUCCAAGAACCCAGAGAAUUGCAUCACCAUGCAUGAAGCUGGAGUUGUCAAGCCGCUGAUGGAAAUGGUUGGUGCUGAAGAUGAAGAUUUGCAAGAAGCUGCAGCUGGUUGCAUUGGAAACAUCAGGAGGCUAGCCCUGGCCAAUGAAAAAGCCAAAUACAGUUGAUUGACAGGAUCUUCAGCCAAUUGAAAAUGACCAGAUAUUUUUAAAUUUCCAUAUGCAUAAAUAAAUACAAUUAACUGCAAAAUAGUGCCAGAAGUCAUUGUUUGGAUUGAGUAGCAAAGCUAGCUGUGAUACUCUCUUGUUUGUACAUAUCAUUACACCUCUUGUGGAAAUAUUUAAAAUGUUCUUUGGUGAGAUUUAAAACCAGGUUGUAAACAUAUAAACCUCACCAUUCCUGUUUACUGUUCCGAGUUACAUGCAUGUUUUUAUUCCAAGUUUAGUUGUCACUUCUACAUCAUUCCAGGUUGUCAAGUAUGCUAAUAUAUACCAUUGCAAUUUAACUUUUGAUAUGUCAGUACAUUUUUAUCACAAAAUGUAUACAUGUACAUCUUUGUUGAGUCUCAAAAGCUGUUAUCCGGAUAAAAUAUCAGAUGACACUACGAAGAUGUAGUCUGU